AUGGAGGCCUCAGAGGGCCUCUCUAGCCACACACAGCAUGAUUUACUCCAGGGAGGGGGGCCCGAUCGCCCAUCGGGCAGAGGCAGAGGCAGGGGAAGCGCGCUGGGGCGCGGCCACGCCGGCGGCUUCCCGGCAGGCAUUCACGGGGGAGCUGCCGCCGCUGACGCGCGGGGCCCCUCAGCCUCGUCCCACGCGUCCGCCUCCCACCACGAGGCCACGGCGGCGCCCGGCGCGGCCAACGCGCAGCCGCUCAGCCAGGCAGACGGCCGGCGCCUGUUUGCGCUGCGCGGCAUUAGGCAGGCCCUGGACGGCGUGAUACGCCAAACAUCGACGGGCAGCGACGGCGCAGCCGCUGCAGCCGGCGCAGGGAGCAGCAGCGGCGGCGGUGGUGGCCCCUCAGCAGCUGCGCAUGCGCACAGCAUUGUGAGCGGCACGGGGCGCGACGGCGGUGGCGAGGCGAUGCGCUUCGCGAUGCCGCUCGCCCUCCAGUCCCCAGGGGAGGCCGCACACCCGCCCGUUGCCAACCACGGCGCCGGCAGGGGCGGCGGGCGCGGGCGUGCCGCGGCGCAGCAUUUCGACCUCCUGCUCGACGCAGGCAGGGGCCGGGGGCGCGGCCGCGGCCGCGGGCGCGCUUUGGGCCGGGGCGCGGCGGAGGCGGAUUGGGGGCACGGCCAUGCAGGCGGUGCGAACGGUGUGCAGGGCGGCAAUCCGUGCAGGGAGCACGGAGUGACCGUAAAUGGGGCGGGCGACGGCGUCCAUGCCGCUAACAGCAGGGGCCGAGGGCGGGGCCGCGGCGGCAGGGAAGCCACCGGGCGGGGGCGGGGCCGGGGUCGGGACGCAGCUGCAGUAGCGAGCGGCGACGGCGGCGGCACCGUGGGUCCCGAGAGGGCUGGUGAGGGCGGCGGCGCCACGGCCGCGCAAGCUGCAGAGCCAGCCGCCGCGGCAGACGCGAGCCGAUUGGAGGGCGACAGCGGCGGCAGGGGCAGGGGCAGGGGACGGGGCCGCGCGCAGGACGCGGCGACGCACGCAUUAGCAGGGCUUGGCGGCGCUGCAGACAGCUUCCAUGCAGCGGCGGGCCGGGGCCGGGGCCGCGGCCGCGGCCGCGAGGGGUUGCCAGCAUUAGCGGGCGAUGAGUUUUGGGACCCCUUUUGGGGGGCCCACGCGGCGGCACAGGACAGCAGGGGGAGGGGCCGGGGCAGGGCCAGGGGCCGGCACGCUGCGGCUGAUGAGCACUGGGCGGUUGCGUUUGAGGGGGGCGCCUUCCCCGGCUGGGCCGCCGGCGGCCGUGGCCGCGGCGGCCGCGGUCAUGCCAACGCCCACUUUGAGG